AUCUGUAACAAGUUUGCUACCAGCGAUCGAUAACCAAGGAAUAGCAGCUUCUCAAUCUCAUUUCUACAUAGAAAAUGAGAUCCCAUUACGUCCUCGCCUGUCUGGCCCUUUUGGUGACCGUCAGCAAUGCUGCCAACAUCAGAACCUCAGUGGCUGCUGUGAACAAUCAGCUAUAUCGUCGCUUUGUCUGCGUGAAUAAAUCUGAUGGAUUCCGCGCUUUGGUGCCCGGAAGCUGCUCCAAGUACUACGAGUGCCAAAGUGGUCUCGCUCUCGAGACUGUCUGUUCGUACUUCUUCGAUGCCAAGAUCAAGGAAUGUGUCAACUACAACACUGGCUGCGUUGAAGUUAAGCAAACAGUCGCGCCGUUCGCCGUCAUUGGUAGCAACACUGCUGCUGAACCUUGCGCUGAAACAGUGACCACCACUUGUGCAUCCGAAGUAACAACAACUCCUUGCGCUCCCGAAGUAACAACAACUCCUUGCGCUCCCGAAGUAACAACAACUCCUUGCGCUCCCGAAGUAACAACGAAAACCACCUCCUGCGCUCCUGAAGUAACAACAACCUCUUGCGCUCCCGAAGUAACAACGAAAACCACCUCCUGCGCUCCUGAAGUAACAACAACCUCUUGUGCUCCCGAAGUCACAACCAAAACCGUAACCACCAAGGCAACAACCACCUGUGCUCCCGAAGUAACAACGAAAACCACCUCCUGCGCUCCUGAAGUAACAACAACCUCUUGUGCUCCCGAAGUCACAACCAAAACCGUUACCACCAAGGCAACAACAACCACCUCCUGCGCUCCUGAAGUAACAACAACCUCUUGUGCUCCCGAAGUCACAACGAAAACCGUUACCACCAAGGCAACAACCACCUGUGCUCCUGAAGUCACAACCAAAACCGUAACCACCAAGGCAACAACAACCACAUCCUGCGCUCCUGAAGUAACAACAACCUCUUGUGCUCCCGAAGUCACAACCAAAACCGUAACGACCAAGGCAACAACCACCUGUGCUCCCGAAGUCACAACCAAAACCGUAACGACCAAGGCAACAACAACCACAUCCUGCGCUCCUGAAGUAACAACAACCUCUUGUGCUCCCGAAGUCACAACGAAAACCGUUACCACCAAGGCAACAACCACCUGUGCUCCCGAAGUCACAACCAAAACCGUUACCACCAAGGCAACAACAACCACCUCCUGCGCUCCUGAAGUAACAACAACCUCUUGUGCUCCCGAAGUCACAACGAAAACCGUAACGACCAAGGCAACAACCACCUGUGCUCCCGAAGUCACAACGAAAACCGUUACCACCAAGGCAACAACAACCACCUCUUGCGCCCUGGUAACAACAACAUCUUGUGCUCCCGAAGUCACAACGAAAACCGUUACCACCAAGGCAACAACAACCACCUCUUGCGCUCCUGAAGUAACAACAACAUCUUGUGCUCCCGAAGUCACAACCAAAACCGUUACCACCAAGGCAACAACCACCUGUGCUCCUGAAGUCACAACGAAAACCGUUACCACCAAGGCAACAACAACCACAUCCUGCGCUCCUGAAGUAACAACAACCUCUUGUGCUCCCGAAGUCACAACCAAAACCGUAACGACCAAGGCAACAACCACCUGUGCUCCCGAAGUCACAACGAAAACCGUAACGACCAAGGCAACAACCACCUGUGCUCCCGAAGUCACUACGAAAACAACCACACCAUGUGUUGAGGUAACAACCACACCAUGCGUUGAGGUAACAACCACACCAUGUGUUGAGGUAACAACCACACCAUGCGUUGAGGUAACAACCACACCAUGUGUUGAGGUAACAACCACACCAUGUGUUGAUCCAACAACCACUCCAUGUGUUGAUCCAACAACCACUCCAUGUGUUGAUCCAACAACCACUCCAUGCGUGGAUCCAACAACCACUCCUUGUGUUGAGGUAACAACCACACCAUGUGCUCCAGUCGUUACUACAAAAUGUCCCACAGUCGCUUCGUCUAACAAGUUGGUGCACUCGUCCCAAAAAGUGCGUCCCGUAGCCAUGCCAAAUGGUCCUUUGCCAGAAGUUUUCCAACAGCCCAUGCACAUGUCAUCGACAACCAGUGAGCUGAAUAUGGACAUCUAUACGAGCUACGUGUGCCGCAAUAAGCCCGACGGAUUCAUGCUGGCUUCCUUGACGAGCUGCAACAACUAUUACAUCUGUCGCUACGGUAAGCCUCUGCAGGUUAGCUGUGGUUCCAAGUACUUCAAUGCCCUGAAGGGCAUCUGUGAUCUGCCCGAGAAUACCCGCUGUGUGCAGCCCUCGGCUUAGGUAGCAGACGAAACAGAGACCAAGCUUCAGUAGAAACCGCUUCAUGCAGAAGGAAAAUGCAAAUGACAAAAUCCACCAGAUUAAAUGCUAAUUGAUUAAGUAUACGACGCUCAAUCUGAGUUCAAUUUAUUGAUGUAAAAUAAAGAAAUGCAAAUGCCAAUACAGGUCAAAAAAUGUAAUG